AGACUGCAGUUCAAGAUUUAAUAAAUUAGUGAAUAUUGGUGUGAUAUUGGUCAAUUUAAUACAAAAUUUGGCAGAAACUGUAAAAACAAUAAAGGAAAAAAAUGUAUUACGUUGUAAAAUUCGAUGAUUCUUGCUCAAUUGGAACAAUAAAAAAGGACUGGAUGAUAGAUGAUAAUCGUUGCAUUUUUCCUUCUACAAAAAAUGUAAAGAAAUAUUUGAAGAUGAAAAGUACUGAAGCAAACAAAGGCAACUGGAAAAUCUAUAAGUGCACAUUAAAAUAUCCAAAAAAAAAUGGAGAGCAAGGUAUUCAGGAGCUAGAUGAUGCAAUAUUUAAGGAGACAUUUUAUGUUGAAAAUUCAGAUACUGAUGAUCAUGAGGCAAAGGCUAAAUUAAAAAAAUACCUGCAUAAGCAUCCACUUGCAAAAUAUGAUGAUCAAUUGGAUCUUAAUCACUUAAUAACAGAAGAAAUGACUGAAACAAAAAUUUCAGAAAUGCACGCAACGUCUCUUGUUGAUUCUAUGAGCGGAAUAGAAGAUGGUAUGGGUAGCCAAGUGUUCAACAUGGAAAUUUCAAAUCCUGGCUCAUCCUUUUCAAUUGUGUAUGAUGCUGAUGAAUUAAAUAAUGCACCAGCGGAUGAGAAUGAAAAUGAUAAACCAUCCAAACAGUUCGUCACUCAAGGAGUUCAGCAAGACACACUAACAGUAAUGUGUAAUUUCUUAAAUCAGAUUAGUGUGCAAAACGAUACAAUUUUGUCACAGAAUGAGGUCAUAAUAAGAGAACAAGUCUCACUUUCAGCAAAAUUGGCAGUAAUUGAGAAGCAACUUGAGCAUUUGGAAGUAAAUACUCGAAGUGAUAUCGAUAUCACCGGUUUUUCAAUCAAACAAAUUGAAAAUAUUAACGAUUUUCAAGCCUUUCUUAAAAAGCUUGAUGAGGAAAAAGUUUUUAAAGCAAAAUGUAUUUUUUGGCUUUUUAAGAACUGUCCAAAAGGUACUUCAUUGCAUGCUUAUAACGGAGUAAUAAAAAGAGUAAUUCAAAAACUAUUCAGUAUUGAUUUUAUUGAUAUUUGCGGAUGGGGAUCAGAAAAAUCGUCAAAGGAUGACUCGAACGUGGGUAAAAGUAAGAGAAUAAUUUUGUCGGAAUAUGCAACAUUUAAGCAAUUGCUUUUUGACGUGCUCAAUUAUAAAAACUUACAUGGUGAAUUCACGCCAGAUGAAGUUGCCAAGGGAGUUAAAGAAAAAUUUAAGCGGUAUCAAAGAAUGAAGGCUCAAAAUUCAGUUGCUAAUGACAAAAAAUCACCAAUUGAUAAGGCUAAAAAUCAACAGCUCAAUCAUGUAUCAGCAUAAUAAAUAAACUCUAAUUAUUGUAUUUGCUUUGUGGUGACGAGUUCUUGAAGCAAAUUAGGAGAUGGAAUCAAUUGGCUGUUAAUUUAUGGAUAUUGAGUUGAACUCGUUAAAGCAAAUUUAAACUUAACUUGGAGACAUUACAUUAGUUUUUGCACUUACCUAGUCAUUGUCUUAUAGUAUAAAAAAAUAGAAAAUUAAUUACCAGAGAAUUGUAAGAACAUUAAUUUAGAAAAUAAAUUUUGAGACUUUUAGUUAUUCUUGAA